CUUGGCAGGUGCUACUGCUAAUUUGCUCUUUCCUCCAGACACUUCAGGCAGAAUCUGCAACCUCUUUUGAGCUUCUGUUGGUUGGAAGGAACACAGACCAUGAGGCUCUUGCCAGGGAGCUGUUCCCUGUCUCCGUGCUUCCUGGGGGCUCUGAUCUUGCUCCUUUGCCCGUCCAGCCUACACGGCUGCAGUCCCCCUCCUAGGAUUGCACAUGGGCAUUAUAGGUAUAUCAGUGGGGUCCUAUCGCUCAGCACCGUGGUGCAGUAUGAAUGCAAGGAAGGAUAUGCUCUUAUAGGAGCAGCUGAAAUUUCCUGCCGGUUUUCAGGAUGGUCGCCUCCAGCUCCUCGAUGUAAAGCUCUGUGCCUAAAACCGAAGAUACCCAGUGGGAAGCUAUCUGUGGAGAAGGAUCAGUAUAUCAGCCCUGAAGCUGUCACCAUCCAGUGUGACCCUGGCUACAAGAUGAAUGGCGCCCCGCAUAUCUCUUGCUCAGAAAACAGAUCUUGGAGCCCGGCUGUGCCUAAGUGUGAAAGGGAAGCCCCUGAAGAUCGUGACAUAGUGCUGGCAGGCAAAAACCUCUUAGAGUGUCUCCCAAACCCCAGGGACUCCAAAGUGGCCCUGGAGUUACAUAAACUGUAUUUGGAGAUUGAAAAACUGGAGCGAGAGAGAGACAAGGAGAAAAUCAUUUAAAUAAUACACUAUAUCUCUUUUCCUGAGAAGAUAGAGGAUUUGCUUUUCUGUACAGUGCUCAAAAGAAAACCUCAGCUUAUCAACUCCACUUAAGCUUCGUCACUUAUUGCAAUAAAUAAUGUGGGUAAAACUUG